AUGGCCACAAUUGCCCAUGGUGCCACACAGCCGAUUACUUUUACUCCCGAAGGGGCAGUCUCGAUAUCAUAUCUUCAGUUGGUAAAUACGCCAUUUUCUCUCGUUCCUUCCAUCGAGAAAGCAUUUGGAUCGCAGCCCGACUGUCUAGGGAUCAUUGUUGUUCGCGAUCUACCUGAGACCUUCGCAUCAGCCAGAGAACGGCUGCUAAAGCUUGCAUAUCAAUUCGCAAAGCUAGAUGUCGAAAAGAGAGAACGCUGUGCGGAUCCCAAGAGCAAAUACAGCUUCGGAUGGUCUCAUGGCAAGGAAAUCAUGAACGGAAGGCCUGAUACUCUGAAGGGAUCAUACUAUGCCAAUCCAGUGAUCGAUACUCCUGACGUUCCUCAAACCCUCCGCGACGCAUAUCCCGAGUACUAUGGCUCAAACAUAUGGCCGAGCAAUGAUAUCAAGGGAAUCGAAGGUUUCGAGGAGGCAUUCAAGGCCUUAGGCAGAAUAAUUUUCGGCGUCGGUUGCGAACUCGCAGCGGCAUGCCAGCCGUUUGCUUCACAACACCUAGUUGAUUCCUCCGUUUCCUUGGCGGAUCUCAUCAAGACUUCGCAGACGACCAAGGCCCGCCUUCUGCACUAUUUCCCUCCAUCUCCGGAGAACUCGUUGCCUGCAGAAGACGAACCCAUCGACAGUUGGUGCGGCUUCCACCUCGAUCACUCGCUCCUGACUGGGCUCUGCUCUGCCAUGUUCCUCCGCCCCGGCCCCAACAACGAACCUAUAGCGGUAGCAUCGCCGUCGCCUUCAUCAGGACUGUACAUCCGCACGCGCGGUGGGGCGCUUACCAAGGUCUCCAUUCCUGCAAACUGCCUGGCAUUCCAGACCGGAGAAGCCCUCGAACUCGCUACAGCAGGCAGCUUGCGCGCGACUCCCCACUGCGUGCGUGUCGGUGCCGGCCAGGGAAUGGAGGGCGUCUCCCGCGAGACUUUCGCGCUGUUCAUGCAGCCCGACACAAACCAGCAGAUCGCCGCUUCCGAGACGUUCGGGCAGUUUAGCAAGCGUGUUUUUGACGAGCAUUACAAGCAGGAACAAACUACAGCAUAA